CUGAUCACACCCAAAUCAACUCACUAUUCCAUCCAUCUUUCUUAAUCCCACAAAAUUUUGCCAAAAAUUCUUGGAAAAAUGUCAGUUGCUUCAAUCCAAUGCAUCAGAAUCACAAAUUCUUCGUUAAAUCCAUCAUCACCCGCUUCUUCUUCGUCUCCUUCUUCAUCAAUUGCUCCCGGAUUCCCAUUUUCAGCAAGCAAACGAUCUCUAAUUACCAUAAGAUGUUCUCAAGCUGAUGGCCCUUUAAGAAGACCCUCAAUUGCUACCCCACCCGUAAGACCUACUCCUCCUACGCCGACUCAGCCGAACCCACCGCCGUCUGUAUCUUCACCGCCGGAGACUACGGCGGUGGGCCAGAAUGUGGUGACGAUGGAGUUUCAGAGACAGAAGGCGAAGGAGCUUCAGGAGUAUUUUAAGCAGAAGAAACUUGAAGAAGCUAAUCAAGGCCCUUUCUUUGGGUUUAUCGGCAAAAAUGAAAUCUCCAAUGGCAGAUGGGCGAUGUUCGGAUUUGCAGUUGGGAUGUUAACGGAGUAUGCAACAGGAUCAGAUUUUGUUGAUCAAGUGAAAAUCCUGCUCUCCAAUUUCGGCAUUGUAGAUUUGGAAUGAGUCUUUUCUCUAUUCCUCUGCAUAUUACAACUUUCAUUUGGAAAUUACUUUUAUUUUACGUAUUCUAUUCAUGUAACUCCUUAUGUUAAAAAAAAGAAAAAAAGAAAAAAGAAAUAUAGUUGGUUUUGUAACCUUGUUGUUGGCAUACUAUAAUGUCCACCCUUUAGGCAACUCUAAAGAAGAAGACUAGGAUGAUGAACGAAUAACAUUUAAAGAACCACAAGAAAUGAAGAAACAUUUGAAAAUUGGCAUGAGGUAUGUGAAUUGUGAU